AUGCUCGGAUCGGUUCUCGUCCUCCUCAGUGGAUCGGGUAAUCACCACCACGCCAAGCAGUUGGAGCAGCGUGGUAAACGAUUGAGACGUUGGAAGGAGAAUCCACGUCAUGUAGAUGCAAACGAGAGCCUUCCACAUGCACGCAUUGGGAAAGGUGGAGGUGGUGACGUUAGAGGUGCUUUCAAGGCAACGCAUAAGGCGACACAGGAGACAGUCGAUUUGACGGACACUGAAGUGUUAGCCUCUUUCCCAUCUGUCAUGCUUCAAUCGCCUCCACCCAGUGCCGUGCGACUGGAGCGCUGA